AGUGAUAGUGGGCGCACAAACAAAUGGCUAGUACCCAGACCUCUGGGCGCGCGUCCACAUUGUUCUUUUUCAAAAUGGCCGAUCCAUCGACUUGGGGUGACGAAGACGGGAGUAAUCGUGGCGAUGGCAGGGAUAGUUUUGGUUAUGGCAGGCCGCAAAGGUAGUGUGUUUGUAGACUGGUUUGUGUCGAAGCUUUCUAGUUUGUUUGAUUUGUAUAUAAGAACUCUUUUGUUUUGAUACUGAUACCAUAGUAUUUGACCCUUGUAGUACUGUAGUCGACACUUUGUAGUACGUGUUGAUGUAAAAUGUAACUUGCUUUGUUGGUGUAGUAUGUGGGAAUUUUGCAACGUUUAUAUAGUUGCAAUGUAGGUAUUGUCAGUAUUUUUACUAUUUUAUGACAUGAUUUCAAUGUACAUAUAUAUUCAGUGGUUAUCCAUAGUAUUAAAAAUCACCAAAAUGUAAAUUAUUCCACCAUGGGAAUUGUAGAGGUUAUUCUAUAGGUGUUGUGCAAAUUAUGCCACCAUGUUGGAUGGCACUGACAAAGGAUUUUGCUUGUUUGCAAUGCAAAUAUCAUCCAACAUGGUGAAAAUCUCUUUAUUGUUUGAAUCCCAUGGGAUAUUGGUUGCACAUCACCUAUAUAGAUCAGUUGUAUCCCAUUGUACAUCCAUUCAGGUUCUGUAUCUGUAGAUGUUGAAUGUUUAAAUGUUGUUGUAGACCUGACUCGGAGCACCAGUCUGCUAACUUUGUGAAUUGCACAUGGAAUAUGAUUUUGUUGCCAAAAAAUGUGCACUUAUAUUUCACGAGGGACAGAAUGCGUACUCAAGUGAUAAGUGAGGAAAUUCGCACAUCACUAAAUAUAAAGUGUCAAGCUUUUGAGUAGUCAGUAGUGUUGAAAGUACAUUUUGUCAAGAAAUUAAGUUCUGUUCAAAAUGUUCACAUAUUAAUGUGCACCUGACUUCAAUUCUUAAAACACACAUACUUUGUCUCAAAAAAUGUGCACAGAAAUCUUCUAUGUGCACACUGUAGCUUACCAAAUAUGCAACCAUAGGCCUCAGCACAGACAUUCCAACUCUCCCGAUUUUACCGAGAGUCUCCCGAAAAUUCAUGCAAUCUCCUGGUCUCCCAAUUUUUAUCAAAUUCUCCCAAUUUUUCAGAAUAUUCAGGAAAUAUCGUAAAAAAAUCAUAAAUAUACUGUUUUUAGGCUAGCAGCAUAGUCUGUCUUGACCUUUUUAUGAAGUCACUUUAUGACAAUUUAUAGGAUCACUUAUAACAACAUAUUCCCAAAAUGCAGGAAAUGACAUUUCAGAAGACUUAAUUUUUAUUAUUUUUUCCCUAAAUUUUACCUCAAGUAGUUGGAAUGUCUGUCGGCAGGAAUCGAAUUUGUGGCCCUCACCCUGUGUUGACCGCUUAGCUUUCAAGUCCAGUUCUGAAUAGCUAAGUUCACAAUGCUAUUUAUGAUUCAUCCGGUUUCUAUAUACUGUAGAUCAGCAUCCAUUACAUGCUGAUAAAGUAACUUUCAAAAAAUCUAAUGAUAAAUUAGACCAAUUUAAAAUAUCUCUUUGAAACUUUUAUUUCCUCUUGUUUGGCUCAAAUCUUCAAUUAUUUUCAGAUAUUAUUCUGCUAUAUAGGCCAAACAAGGCAAUAAUUGUAAUUUUAUUUUAGUGAUAAUUUCUAUGGUGGCGGUGGUGGUGAUUGGAAUCGUCAAAAUCGCCGCGGAUAUCGUGAUGAUAGGGGGUAUGGAGGGGGUGGUGGUGGAUACGGUGGUGGUGGAUACGGUGGUGGAAGAUCCCCAAAGAUACCUGAUGAACCCCCAUUCACUGCAUUUGUUGGUGGGCUACCUGAUGGCACUGUACAAGGAGAUAUCGAUAGAAUCUUUGAAAAUCUGAAUGUGAAUACUUUAUAUAUUUUUAUUAACUUUACAAAACAAAUAGGUGGUGAUGGACCACCUUUUAAUGCUGACCUUUUUUGUCUCAAAUUUCAUUAAUUAUAUAAUUUAUUACAUACCAGUGCUUUGAUGGUUGAAAAAUUAUGGAUACAGAUUUUGUCACACAGUUAUUCAUUUGAAGACUUUUAUGUUAUUGACAAAAACUCUUUUACUUCAACUCUAGAUAAAAAGUGUGCGUAUUGUCAGGGAUCGUGAAACUGAUAAAUUUAAAGGUAUAUACUGAUAUGGAAUAAAAUGUCUAGUGAAGAGAUGAGAUAAAUUUAUAUUUUUUCUCCAAAUAUAGGUUUUUGUUAUGUGGAAUUCGAAGACCAAAAAUCAUUAAUCGAAGCUUUGGAAUAUAACAGUGCUGUAAGAUUGUUUAGGCUGUAAAAUUAAAUACACAAAGAUAUAUAUAUCUUACACAAAUAAAAACCAAAUGUUUCUGCUGUUGUUUUAAUUCAUUUUGCAAGUACCAAGUUCUAUUUUAUGUAUUAUAUAAGUUGUGUAAAUGAGGCCAAUCAAGGUUAAAUAAAGUUUAUGUAACCUGUAUUUCUGUAGGAAUAUGGUGAUAGGCCACUUAGAGUGGAUGUCGCUGAAGGAAGGAAUAAAGAUCGUGGAGACAGAGGUCGCGGAAGAGGAGGUAUUGUAAUCAGAUGCUUUCAUUAGCAGGGCUUGAAAUAACAUUCCCAAAGUUCCAGAUCAUGCUGACUGGCAGUCACAAUUUCCCUGUUUUUCUGGUUUGAAACCCUGCUUUUCCACCCAUAAACAAUAUCUUGCCAAUCGGUGAUUGGCUGUCACUUCACGCCUUGCUAAUGCAAGGUUUAUCAAUGGCAAUACCCAUAUCUCUCAUCUGCUAAACAAUCUUCUCACAUGAAAUAAUAAUGAGACAACUCCAACAGGAAUUUAACUCAGGUGAACAAGGCUAAGGGUCACUUAGCAAUACAUUGCCUGACCAAAGACAAUUUUUCUUUGCGAUGUUUUUUUUUUCUUCUAGUAAACAUAGCCUAAUAUUUUGGUUUGAAUUCUUUCAGGAUUCCGUGGUGGUCGCGGAGGCGAUAGAGGAAGACCACAGGGUGACAGAGGGCAAAAUAACUUUCGUGACGGGGGACGCGACCAGGGUACAAUAAUUAAACAAUAUCUUGACCUUUUUAACAAACCCUCAUUACCUUUUACCAAAUUCACCAAUAGCAAUUUCCAGUUUACCUAUUGUUCGAGUCACAGAUAGGUGACUUUCCUAAAACAUUGCUAUUGGUUAGCUGGGCAAAAAUACACUACACAUGUGACGGUAAAGGACCAGAUUUAUGAAUAAACGUUGACCAACAUAGAUAAUGAGUUAUAUUGUUAUUCUAACGAGUUUCACAGCCAUCUUCCCUUCGAUAGGCUAUAUUGCAUCCCCCACCAACGAAAGCUUGUUCAAAAUUUUCAUAUUAUAUUUUAUUCUUACAGGUCGUGGUGGCUAUGAUCGUGGUGGCUAUGAUCGUGGUCGGUAUGAUGGUGGCAGGGGGGGACGGCAACAUGGUCGUCGAGAUAAUAGAGGACCACCAAUGCCAUACGAGAACUUCCCUGAGCCAAGCGAAGGUAAACAUUGAGUGCUAUGUUCUCCGUACAUUACAG